AAGGAGGGGUCUGUGUCCCUCAGGGCAGUAGUCAGUUCUCUGAAAGUCAGGAGUGCUGGGUAGUCUUGGAACCCGAGGCUGAGUAGCUGGUGAGGUGUGCAGAGGUGGACAGGAGGGCCCUCCGAGCCAGAUGGGGGGCCCAAGGGAACUGCUCACGGGGACUGGCAUCUGACGUUCCAAGUGGACCACACGCAUCUGCCAGGUUGGCCUUGGGAGCCUACCGGGGUGGGCACGGCUAUCAGCCGGCCCGGAGGGUCCAGCUCUGACAUGAGCUGUGUUAACAUCUCAAAGACCCCCCAGGUGUUCAGAAGGCAGUCAUCCCUCCCAGCGUUUAGAGUCCCGCCAGCCACAGGGACAGAUGGGGAACAGCAAGAGUCACCCAGAACAGGAGUUCUCCUCGCGGUUUCUCCCCGGGGAGCAGGCUGAGGUCAACAGGCUGUUCGAUGCUCUGUCGUCGGAGAAUCUUGGCUCCAGUACCUCGCACAGAUCCUUCUCUCUGCAGGCACUGAAGGCAAGGGGCCAUGUGGGGGACGCUCUUCCCCCAGAGAUGGUCACCAGACUGUUCGAGGGCAUGCAGAGGGUGGACGGCAGCAGGAAGGCGAAGGGGCCCAGUGAGCACAUCUCCCAGAAGCAGUUCACAGUGUCCAUGUCCCACCUGUUGAAAGGAACUGCCGAGGAGAAGAGUCUCGUGAUCCUGAACAUGAUUUCUGCCUCAGGAGGUCCUGUGAAAGCAAGAGAUGUCUACAAGUUUACAGAGGACCUGGUUGGCUCUGUGGUGCACGUGCUGAACUACAGACAGGAGCUGCGAGGCUGGAGUCAGAAGCCACCCCCAGGCUACCCGUCCAGGGUGCUGCUGCUGGCCGCCCAGCUGUGCUCCGAGAUGAAGCUUCAAGGUGGCGGGAAGCUUCUGGGGCCUCAGUGGCUGGACUGUGACUGUGACGAGGCUGUGCUGGAGGACUGGGUGUUCCGGGCCCACCAAGUGGCCACGUUUCUGAGCCUGAUCAUCCACCAGGGCUUCCUCCUCCUGUGCUCGACCCUCGAGCUGGCCGCCCUGGUCCCCGAGCGCCAGGUGGACCCGCAGCGGGAGUUUGCCAGCCUCCUGGACAUCCUGUCCGUCAUCUACAUCAACUCACACCUGCCCCAGGAGCGGCGGCUCCGCUGGCGCCUGCUCUUCGCGACUGAGCUCCACGGGAACAGCUUCGCCCAGCUCUGCGGGCGCAUCACACACAGGGGGCCCUGCCUGGUGCUGCUUGAGGACUGCGACGGCCACGUGUUUGGGGGCUUUGCCUCCUGCUCCUGGGAAGUCAAGCCUCAGUUUCAAGGGGAUGACAGAUGCUUCCUGUUCUCCGUCUCCCCCCGCAUGGCCGUGUAUACCUGCACGGGCUACAACGACCACUACAUGUACCUGAAUCAAGGGCGGAAGACCAUCCCCAACGGCCUGGGCAUGGGAGGACAGCACGGUUACUUUGGGCUGUGGAUCGAUGUCGAUUUCGGGAAAGGACACAGCAAGGCCAAGCCCAUGUGCACCACGUACGGCAGCCCUCAGCUGUCGGCCCAGGAGGACUUCCAGUUCCAGAAGUUGGAGGUGUGGGCGGUGGGAGACGCCCCAAAGGCAGAGCCGGCCAGGAACAGGAGCAUUCUGGACGUCGACCCUGAGGCCCGGGCCCUGCUGAAAGUCAGUGGGCGGGGCUGCCACAGCGAAGGGUUCCGGGAGGUCCCCGAUGAGCAGUGAGGAUGGGCUGGUGCGCUGGCGCGGCCACCCUGGAGCCGGAGCGCAGCCUGCCCACCCUCCCACAUCCCGCGGAGGCCUGACUUUGGUCCAGAGCGUGCGGUUCAUGUCCUGGCGGUGCCCAGUCCGCACAGAGUACAGUUCCUCUGUUGCCAUAUGUCCAUCGGUGGGGGUGUCUCCCCCCAGAAUCCCGAGCAUACAGCUAGCAACCUGAUCCUUAGACUUGGCUUGUUCCCUAGGGAUGAAAUCCAAAGAGGAUGCUGAGAUGUUGAGACUGGCCAGAACUGGCAUCUUUGGGGACUGGAGUUCUUGUAGUGGUGGUGGGGGGGGCGUGUUUCCACUCACUGGGGGUCACUGGGCCUCUGCUCAGGCCCCCCAGUUAAGAGCCUUGAGGCGCCGUUUCUUCUGGUCAAGGGAAUCCCCGUGCUUUGGGGAGUAGCUUCCUCUGAUAUGGAAUUUCUGUAUUUCUAAAAAAAAAAAGCGUUAGCAGUAUACUAACAGCGUAUAGCUGGAGAUUUUGAAGGUGACAGUGACCUGGGUCUUCAGUGAGGUUGGAUGUCAGCCUUUGUCAGCUGUUCUAAGUGGGUCUGUGCUCUAGAGCACAUGGGAAACCAGGAGGUGAGCCGAGAAGCAGAGUGGCGGUCCUGUUUCUGAUGUAGACGUGGGGACACUCAGGGCUGAGAGUCCUGCUGAUCCAGGCCUGUUGCAGGAGCUGGGGGCGAGUGCCUUGACAGGACCGGCCUGGGCUCCUGGCCUCCCAGCAUCACCUCUUGCUGCCCCCCAGGGGAUGGUGUUUAUCUUGGCCUUGUGGACUUGCCAUCAACAGUGACCCUGCCAUGCUAGCGGAGAUGUGAGUGGGCUGGGCCCUGUCCAGUCUAGCCCCGUCCCUUGGGGGUGGCCCAGAGAACCUCCUGACACGCUGAGCAUCGAGCUCAGGGGUGUUGCAGGCCCGGCCCUAAGACUUCUGCCCCUGUCCUCCCUGCUCCACGCUGUCCUGCUGCAGAUCUGACAAUAAAUGCUGCCUUAUUCUUGAGUCGGCCCCGAUUUUAAGCCAUAGUGACCAAGCUGUGUGCACUUGCGGGCUCUGCGUUUUCUACAGGAGGCUCAUGAGACCUGCUGCUGAGCCCUGAGCAGAAGGCCUUGCACAUGGGCCUUCACAAGGAAAUGCACACUCGCAACGGUGACACGCACACUCCGUCCUGACUGACUUUCCUUAUAAAAGGGCCAGUUUUAACAGCUUCUCAGGUGCUUCUGUGGCUGCCUAACUGAUGGGAGGCAGACACAGGAUGUUGCGAUCCUCAGAUAUCCGUACCAUGAUCUGAAGAAUUAGGCCCCGAGUCUUCAGUCUGUUACAGACUUUUUAUAAAAAUGCAGUGGAAUAAUACCUUGCUAAUAAAAGGUCCCUUCAAUACCAUUUACUGUCUGUGGCUGUCAGAGAGGCUGGAGGUGUUUCUGCGGCCUGUUUUCUGCUUCGUGUCUCUUCUCACAAGAGUGCAGGUCAUGCCCAGGGGCCUGAUGGUUUCCCAGGACAGCUCAGGUACAGGUUGGAAGCAGGUGCCCAGCCCAGGUGCUUGGUAACCCGGGGGAUGUGUGCCCUCGUGGAGGGCACGUGGGCGUGGGGCAGCCGUGGGACCCCCAUGAGCUGAGGGCCUGAGCACAUUGACUGGUGACCGGAGGAACCACACUUCUCCUGGGCCUGGGAAACCUGCAGUGCUAGUUUUAACACAUGAGGAAUUUGCUCUUUGAUAAAAAGGGGGAUUAAAAGUUCGGGUCGUAAGGGAGGCGGUCUCCCUCCCUUAUCAGGACACGGAUCAGGGUCCGUGAAGGUGCUGGAAGGAAGGGCUGAAAAGUGCUGUGUGUUAACUUUUUAACACACGGCUUUUAAACAGCAUAACUUUUAAAACAACUUUUCAAAGCAUGGCUGCUGUUAUCUUUUUUCCCACCAUAGUUAUUUUUUGGAAAUUUUUUUCUGUUGAAGGAAGUUUACUUUAAAUUCUCGACUGCUUUACAAUUUUCAAAAGUCUCUCACACGUGAUUUUGUAACCCCAUAAUUUUCCCCCACCCCCCUCUAUCACCCCUCUCCACUGGUAACCCCUAGUUUUUUCUCUGUAUUUGUGAGUCUGCUGCUUUUUUGUUUGAUUCAGUAGUUUAUUUCUUAGAUUUCAUGUAUAAGUGAUACCAGACCGUGUUUAUCUUUCUCUGACUUCAACUCAGCACAAUGCCCUGUAAGUCCAUCCAUGUUGCUGCAAAUGGCAGAACUUUAUGGUUUUUUUUAUGGCUGAGUAGUAUUCCAUUAUGCGCGCGCGCACACACACACACACACACACACACACAUCACAUCACAUCUUCUUUAUCCAUUCAUCUGUUGAUGGACCCACUAAAAAGAUUAGCUUAUGCAUACAUGGAAAAAAAGGUCAAAAUACAAAAGGGUGUAACUUGAAAGCUAAGUCUAACUCUUGUGCCCCUCCAGCCUUUUCUUCCCUAGAGGUGAAGUGUUACACACCCUGGUCUGUCCCUCACCUUUUUUUGGGUAGAAAUGGUUCUGUAUCUACCCCUUUGUUCUCCCCAACUGUGUGACGUCCCGUGAGAUGGAUGCCCCAUUCUUUCUGGCGUUCAACUAUCCCCGGCUGGGGAACGGUCUGUCUGUAACUAUUCGCCGCUGGAGUGAACAUCGUUUAUGCUCAUCUGUCUCUGGUUCCGUCUGGAGGCUGCACCUUUAGAAGCCAAGUUACUGGAUCAAAAGGUACAUGCUUUUUUAUUUAGAUAUUAAGAAACCAACACACCUCUUUCAAGCUCAGUUUAUACUUUUGAGACCCGGAGUGCCCAUUGGCCAUGUUGUCACCAACAACUGUAUUAAAAUUUAGUUUUUGUGUA